AUGAAGUUCAAUACCAUAGUAUCAUUAGCUUCAAUAUUAUCAGCUAUAGAAGCCGCUUCUGUUGUUUAUUCUAUUUAUCCACAACAAACAGCACAACCAACUCAAAAUGUUGUCUUUGUUACCAGAACAAGAGAUGCUUCUUCAAGUUCAGUAACUGGUCAAACAACAGCCAUCACAUCAUGUCAUUAUCACGGUAAAACACAAUUCUGUGUUAAUGGUCAAGGUGAAGAAGGUGUUGUUGUUGGAGCUCCAACUAAAACUCAAGAUGCACCAACAGAAUAUACUGGAUGUCAUGCUCAUUCUCCUCAAGAAACUUUCUGUAUUGAUCCAAGUGGUGAAGAAGUUCAAUUUCAAGCGGAAGGUGAAGCUUCAGAAAGUUCAGGAUCAAGCUCAGGUGGUAAAAAUUGUCAUUUCCACGCUGGUGUUGAACAUUGUGUUGGUGGUGAUGCAGAAGAAGCAAGUUGUGAAAGAGUUGACCGUGAUUACAAUAUCCCAUUGAGAAUUGGUCUAUUGUUUGUUAUCUUAGUUACUUCAGGUAUUGGUGCAUUUGGUCCUAUUUUUGUUAGAAAAUUAUUCAACUUAUCAACUGAUGGUAUUAUUUUUGUUAUUAUCAAGCAAUUUGGUACAGGUGUUAUUAUUUCAACUGCUUUUGUUCAUUUAAUUACUCAUGCUUCAUUGAUGUGGGGAAAUGAAUGUUUGGGUGAACUAGAAUAUGAAUCAACAGGUACUGCUAUUACAAUGGCUGGUAUUUUCAUUGCAUUCUUGAUUGAAUAUUUUGGUCAUAGAGCUCUUCAAUGGAGAAACAAUAAGGCACUUGGUACUGUCAAACCAGUUGAAGAUGGUUCAGCUGAAGAUGAUUCAAUCACAAAUAAAGAAGCAGCACAAGUUCAAAAUAAUCAAGUUCAUGGACAUCAUGAACAUAGUUUAUUGAUGCCAAAGGAUAAAGUUUCAGUUACAAUGAUGGAAGUUGGUAUUGUUUUCCACUCUAUUAUUAUUGGUAUUACUUUAGUUGUUGCAGGUGAUUCAUCAUUCAUUACUUUGUUCAUUGUUAUUUUGUUCCAUCAAAUGUUUGAAGGUUUAGCUUUAGGUUCACGUAUUGCAGAAUUAGAAAAAACUUCAAUGCUUAAUAAAUUGAUCAUGGCAUUUAUUUUCACAAUUAUCACACCAAUUGGUAUGGCUAUUGGUAUUGGUGUUUUAUCAAAAUUCAAUGGUAAUGAUAAGAGUACGUUGAUUGCAUUAGGUACUCUUGAUUCAUUCUCAGCUGGUGUUUUGAUUUGGACUGGUUUAAUUGAAAUGUGGUCACAUGACUGGUUAUUCGGUAAAUUAGCCCAUGCUAAUGCUGUUAAAACAGCUGCUGCUAUGUUCUCAUUAAUUCUUGGUAUGUUAUUGAUGUCCCUCUUGGGUAAAUGGGCUUGA